GUUCCUGGCGCGCGGGGGGCACCCGGCUGGCCCACGCGUCACAGAGGCAGGGGUUCUAGCAGCGGCGCGUGGCAGGGUCCUGCAUGUUCCCAGGUUUGGAAAGGCCUUUUAAAGCAAUGGCGCUGAUGAAGAGCGGCUGGCUUUGGAGACAGAGUUCCAUUUUGCGACGCUGGAAAAGGAACUGGUUUGUCCUGUGGCUAGACGGUGGCCUUGUAUAUUACCAGGAUGAGACUCAGCGUGACCUGGAGGGCAGGAUCCACAUCAAAUUCAACUGCCGGGACAUAAAGACUGGCCGCGAAUGCAGAGACGUGCAGCCCCCGGAAGGGAAAAGCCGAGAUUGCCUGAUGACGAUUGUGCUGCGAGAUGGCUCCAAAGUGACCCUGUGUGCAGAGAGUGAGGACGACGCGGUCGCCUGGAAGAUGGCAGUGCUGGAGGCGAAAAACACCCCGGUCCAUAUGUACGACCCAUAUGACGACUAUUACCAGACAGUGCCCUUGGAUUCCCACCAGACCAUGUACGUCAGCUCAGGAUACUACGGCACCCAGUACGGAGCGCCUGGAGUGACUCACGUGAUUGUCCGCGAGGACCCCUACCGCGUGUCGGGAGACCAUAUGGCUUUGGGCCUGCUGGCCGGCGCCGCCACCGGGGCCGCCCUGGGAUCCUUCAUGUGGAUGCCGUGCUGGUUCUAAGAACUCGCUCGCCCGCGGGACGCCUCUGGACCAAGCGCUUGACCAAGAAGUUUGAGUUCCCUCCAGGCGGCCUGCGGGGCGAUGCCCUAUAACGUAGAUCGUUGUAAGGUUCCCCUCCCAUCCCCGAUGAGUCCGCACUUUGCUUGGCAUGCCUGACUAGGCGCAUUGGUGGCAUAAAUUUUCCUUUGCCUCCUAACCCAGCAGUCAUUUAAUUUUCUCAUCACUCAACACAAUCCAGACGCCCCUGGCCCACCCUGACCUAGGCACUGUGCUGCCCACCCAGACCUCAACCAGGGCCAAGCAGAGAGCGCUGUUGUUCUGGAGG